AGGUGGGCCUAAUGGACUUAGGAACCUUGGACCGAUUUUUUUUUUUUUUUUUCAAAAUUGCCAAAACCAGAAAAGUAAAAGAGAUCACCAGUGGUUUGGCGAAGUUAAAACGCAGCAGGCACUUUUAACCUUUCAGUUGGGGCUGAUCCAAACAGGGCAGAGAAGAGAGGGAAAAUGGGUUUCAUCAUGGAAUUUGCGGAAAACUUGGUAUUGAAGUUGAUGGAAGACCCGAAGGAAAGAGAUCGGAGGUUCAGAGAGCACGUUUAUAGAGUGAAGGACAGAUGCGAGAAGACAAAAGAGAUGUGGAGCUACCCCAUGCGGCCCUAUGGUUUCUGGACAUUCGAACGCCACAAUUCUCAGCUUGCAUGGGAUGCCCAAAUUAGCCAAGUUCCUGGUAGGAGGGACCCUUAUGAUGAUCUCCUCCAACAUUACUCCACCCCACCUAAAUGAGUGUUGCUGACCUUGCCUCUAGCAUUAUUGGUGGAAAAGGAUGAAUUUGUUAUAAUUUCCGCUUUUAACAUACUGGUUUGUGCUUUUUUAUUCCUUUAUUUUGAAUAAAGGUUCCAUGUAACCAUGGUGCUGGCAGGAUUUUUUCCCUGGAGAUUCUUGCAUUAUUUUGCAGUUACUGGCUAUAUUUCUAUUUAAACAAUGUUUCAUCUCUAUUUAAUGGUCUAUUGUGUCGUAAUAGAAUGCAGCUAAAGGUUAGGUUUGUAAUGGGAGUGGAUUGUCUAAUUUUCUGUUGUCAAUGUUACUACUUAGUUUGGAGCGUUUCGUGUAGCGCAUUGAUUUUUGGCAUAAUAUUUUUUAGCCAAAAGGAUAUUUAUUGGGCCUUUAUCUUCUUCAA